UCAACCUCCAUACUCACCCGCCACCAACAAUCUCACCUCCGUCCACGCCGAACUCUCUCGACCGCCCCCACAUUCAUUCCUCCUUGCACAUCGACCCGACCAUGCCAGCAACGACAGCGGAAACGCUGUCCCUUGUCACCCGCAGCGUCUCGGUCGCACCACUCGUCCUCCUCUCGGCAGCAGACCACUUCGGGCGGCAAGCAAAAGGGACGAAGAAGCGGGUUGUCGGUGUGCUACUAGGACAGAACGAUGGCAAGAACGUGCGGGUAUCAAACAGCUUCGCUGUCCCCUUUGAAGAAGACGAAAAAGACCCGUCGGUCUGGUUCCUCGACCACAACUACGUCGAAGCCAUGAACGACAUGUUCAAGAAGGUCAACGCGCGCGAGAAGCUCAUCGGGUGGUACCACACGGGGCCCAAGCUGCGGGGCUCGGAUCUGGAGAUCAACGAGCUGUUCAAGCGGUACACGCCGAACCCGCUGCUCGUCAUCAUCGACGUGCAUCCGCAGGAGGUGGGCGUGCCGACGGAUGCGUACUUUGCGGUUGAGGAGAUCAAGGAUGACGGCACAGCAACCUCCAAAACCUUCGUCCACACGCCCUCCCUCAUCGAAGCCGAGGAAGCAGAGGAAAUCGGCGUCGAGCACCUCCUCCGCGACAUACGCGACGUGGCCGUCGGCACGCUCUCGACGCGCAUCACGUCGCAGCUGCAGUCGCUGCAAGGGCUGCACCUGCGCCUCCGGGACAUCGCGCAGUACCUGCAGAAGGUGCUCGACGGCGACCUCCCCGUCAACCACGCCAUCCUGGGCAACCUGCAGGACGUGUUCAAUCUAUUGCCGAAUUUGUCGGCGGCGAGCGCUGCUGCUGCUGCUGCGACGACGGCAGGCGGGGUGGAAGGCGCGGGUGCAGCCGGAGCGGCUGGCGGAGCGGUGGCAGAUCAGAGCUCGGAGCUGGCGCGGGCGAUGAGCAUCAAGACGAAUGAUCAGCUCAUGGCGAUUUACCUGUCGAGUCUGAUACGGGCGAUUACGGCGUUCCACGACUUGAUUGAGAAUAAGAUUCAGAAUCGGCAGCAGGCGGAGGAGAAGGAGGAGAGGGAGCGGGAAAAGGAGAGGGAGGGCAAGGAGGGGAAGAAGGGGGAGAAGAAGGAGGGGGGUGGGGACAAGGUGCAGGAGAAGGAGGGGGAGAAGAAGAAGGGUUAA